UCCACACAUAUGCACAUGUCUUCAUAACUUUCUCUCUCUACCCACGUACAAGAGUAUGUACAGCCACAUAUAGACAUACAAAAUCUUUAUUUAUAAAUACAUGCUCCUCAACUCCUCAAUAACCACCCAUCUCCUUCUCCAUUACCCUCUCUAUCAUUUCAAGAGCUUUUCUCUCUCAAUAACCUAAAGACAAAUGGCCAUAAUGAAGAAAUCUUCAAAACUAACUCAGACGGCAAUGCUGAAGCAGAUUCUAAAGAGAUGCUCGAGCUUAGGAAAGAAGAACGGAGGAGGAUACGAUGACGAUUUUCUCCCACUAGACGUACCAAAGGGACACUUUCCUGUCUACGUUGGAGAGAACAGAAGCAGAUACAUUGUCCCAGUCUCCUUCUUGACUCAUCCUGAGUUCCAAUCUCUCUUAAGACGAGCUGAGGAAGAGUUUGGAUUUGACCACGACAUGGGUCUCACCAUUCCUUGUGAUGAACUCGUCUUCCAGAACCUAACAUCCAUGAUCCAGUGAUAUUUUAAGUUAAAUCAUUUGAAGAAGAUGCAGAAGAAGAUGGGUUAAAGAAGAAGUAUCAUCUCUUCGCUGAGUUUUUUUUCUUCUAUUUUUAAGCCCGUCUAGGGUUUUUUACGAGUUAUUUUACUCGUCUAACAAGAAAGAAACCUGUGUGAGAUAUAGAUUCCCUGGGUUUAAAUCCGUUAAAAAACUUGUAAUGUUUUCCUUGCAAAUCUUAAGUUUGUGAGAGAAGUUGAUUAAUGCAAGAAAAAUUAUUCC